CUUUAACCCCACUGCUGCCAUCCCUCUGCACCACUCUGCACCACAUGCAUGGCGACCAUACUGCGUGUCACGAGGCAAGCUCUAGUCAUCCGGUCUUCUCUGUCCCACUGCAGGAGACUAUCCUCCGCCAGCAUGUUGAUUGAGCAAGAGAAAUACUCCUGGCUGGAGCAGCUGGGGCUUUCUGCCGAGAACAAGGGCGUGUUUAAUGGAGAAUGGGGCGGCAGGGGCGAGGUGGUGACCUCCAUGUGCCCGUCCAAUGGGGAGCCUAUCGCCAAGGUGACACAGGGCAAUGUGGAGGACUACAGAGACACUGUACAGAAGGCCAUGGCAGCCUGGGACGUUUGGGCAGAUGUGCCAGCUCCCAAACGUGGUGAGGUUGUGCGGCAGAUCGGCCAUGCUCUGCGGGAGAAGGUUGACCUCCUGGGUGCCCUGGUGUCCCUGGAGAUGGGGAAGAUCAGGCCUGAGGGUGUGGGGGAGGUGCAGGAGUACAUUGACGUGUGUGACUACGCCGUGGGGCUGUCACGCAUGUUCGCUGGGAGAGUCCUGCCUUCAGAACGUCCUGGCCACGCCCUGCUGGAACAGUGGAACCCCCUGGGUCUGGUGGGGAUCAUCACGGCCUUUAACUUCCCUGUGGCCGUGUACGGCUGGAACAGCUCCAUCGCUCUCACCUGCGGCAACGUCUGUAUAUGGAAAGGAGCACCCACAACACCACUUGUCAGUGUAGCCAUUACCAAAAUCCUCCAGUCGGUAUUGGAGGCCAACAACCUGCCAGGUGCGAUCUGCUCUCUGGUCCAGGGCAGUACGGACAUCGGGCAGGCCAUGGCUACAGACACCAACGUCAACCUGCUGUCCUUCACCGGCAGCACUCCGGUUGGCAAUGUGGUAGGCACCACUGUGCAGCAGAGAUUUGGGAAGGUUCUGUUGGAACUGGGAGGAAACAACGCCAUCAUCGUGCUGGAUGACGCAGACCUGGACAUGGUGGUACGCUCCGCCCUGUUCGCCUGUGUCGGUACAGCAGGACAGAGGUGCACAACCACCAGGCGGCUGAUUCUGCACGAGUCCGUCCACGAUGAGGUUGUGGCCAGACUGAAGAAGGCGUACAGUCAGGUGCCCAUGGGUGAUCCUCUGGAUGAUGGAGUGUUGUAUGGCCCCAUGCACAGUCAACAGGGGGUGGACCUGUACAACAAGGCUAUUGAAGAUGCCAAAGCCCAGGGUGGCAAAGUGGAGUGUGGAGGAAAGGUUGUGGACCGGCCUGGCUACUAUGUGGAGCCCACCAUAGUGACUGGUCUCCCCCAUGAUGCAGAAGUGGUACACAGGGAGACAUUCGCACCCAUUGUAUAUGCCCUGAAAACAAAGAGUAUGGAGGAGGCCAUAGCCUGGAAUAACGAGGUGAAACAGGGAUUGUCCAGUAGUAUCUUCACAGGGAACCUGGGAAAUGUCUUCAAGUGGAUCGGUCCAAAGGGUUCGGACUGUGGAAUUGUGAACGUGAACAUUCCGACCAGCGGUGCGGAGAUCGGCGGAGCGUUUGGUGGGGAGAAGCACACGGGAGGGGGGCGGGAGUCUGGCAGUGACGCCUGGAAGCAGUACAUGAGGAGAGCCACAUGCACUAUCAACUAUGGAAAGGAGCUUCCUCUGGCUCAAGGGAUCAAGUUUGGAGAGUAAGAUUACUGGAACAGCUGCAGUCAUGUUCAUGUACCUCACAAAUGGACAGGACAAAAUGUGGGAGGGUGACUUAGAGUACCACUAGAAUCUGCGUGUAGGUUUCUCUGGGAAACAGAAUUAUGUCUUGUCUUAAAGUCUACCAGUAGUACAACUUAUUUUGUUACUAAUUGUUACGGGUGUAUCGACAAAAUCUCUACAUUGUUAAGUGUUUUAUGCCUAAAUCAUACUAGUAAUCUGUCCUGUCAUUGAGAAAGUUUUGUUGCCUUAAGUAUUUCGUUGCCACAAGGUUGAAACAUCUCAUACUGUUUUGCAAAUGGCAAUUUCAGUUCACCAACAUUGUGCUUUACUGUAACAUCGCCCCAUACCUGAAUGGAAUUUUGCUGUUCAAUAUCACAGUUGCUAGAAUCAGCACAUAUUUUGACUUGGAUGUACAAAUGAUUGCCAUUCUUAUGUGUGGUAUAUGGCUAGAGGUCGAUAAUGGAAUUCUGGUGAAAACUCAUGAUAGAAUAUUAGAAGAAGAAUUUAGUUAAGUCCCUGUAACACAUUCAUAAGGCCACACCAAUUUAAUUUGUUGGUUAACAGAUUUUCCUAGAAAAAUAAUGGAGCGGGCGGGCGAAAAAAAAAAAA